AUGAAGGCACAGUUCGUUUUGGGAUUUUUCCAGAUCGUGCUUGUAAGCGCUGCUGCGGGUGUGAAGAAAGGCUUUCAAUACGAUCAUGUCGAUUAUGUGGGCUUUUCCUGCAAAAGUACGCUAGGGAAUCAAGCAAAGUUCUGUAAAUCGGACUCUGCCAAAAGUUAUGAUUGCUAUUGCAUCAACGACAACGCGCUGGGAUCUUUCCUUUACUGCGCUUACGACCACCUGCACUCCAAGCAAGACCGUCACUCUCUGCACGAAUUCUUCCAGUUCAGAUGUCCCAACACAACCGUCGAGCAUAUGGAACAAGUCUAUCAGAACGCAUCGCAACACAUGGUUAAUAUCUCUCAAAUCAAGAACUUCAACAAAACCAACCCCAUAAACGUCCCCAUUUACGUCAACCCUACUCAGUACAAAUUGUGGCAUCGCUCGUACAGUGCCAGAUAUGAUAACUUCAAAAGGGCGCUACACUGGGGCGCAGCUCUACUUGGUUACUGGGGCAUCAUCAUGUUUUGUGGCAUGCUGUCCAAUCUGGCACACAAAAUCGCUCCUACUUUCAUGAUCUCCGCAAACAAGAAAACAUCUCAGUUGGCAAUCGUUCGUUGGUACCGGAAGUUUUUAUCGAUUCCGGCUCUUUUCGGCAUGAAUCACACGAAUAAAGAUCCCCUGGGCGGAGUUGUGCCAACGCGGUUAGAAUCGUUCAUCAUUUUCGUGUUCCUUGCUCUAUGUGUUAUUUUCCAAGCUGUCAAAUACGAGCAUAUUGAGAACAACCCUCUCUUUAUCUCAAAGACCGUGGAAAUGAGUGUUUAUAUUGGUGACAGAAGUGCUCUCAUCUGCAACUUUUUAAUGAUCAUUACCUAUUUGUUUGCGGGUAGAAAUCAAAUUCUUCUACUUUUGACCGGAUGGAAACAGUCUACAUUUGUCAUUUAUCACAAAUGGGUCGGUCGUAUGUUUUACCUUAGUGUAUUGACUCACAUCAUCUCUAUGAUGAUCACCACCUGCCUCAGAACUGGAUUCUACGCAAUCAGAUCUAAGACGGAGUGGUGGAUAUACGGAUCAGUUGCUGGCGUUGCCGGUGGUAUCAUCGUCGUGCAGUCUUUCAGCUGGUUACGAGCCAAGAACUACGAGCUUUUCCUUUACGUCCACAUCCUCAUGGCGCUUGCAUUUUUAGUUGGUGCUUGGAGACACGUCGACGAUCUUGGCUACGGUCAAUACGCGUUUGCGACUGCCGCCGUAUGGUGUUUCGAUCGUUUUAUCAGAUUGGUUCGUCUCUUUUCAUUUGGUGUCAAGACUGCCCAGGUGUGCAUUGUGUCAGACGAGACUUUACAGAUCACCGUUGACAAAGGGUCUUGGUGGCCAUUCUUCCCCGGUGCAUUUGGAUACUUGCACAUUCUAAAAACUUCUGUGUUCUGGCAAUCGCAUCCGUUCACUGUGGUCAAGACCGAUAACAAUGAGCUGCGUUUUUACAUCAAGAUCAAGAAAGGUGUCACUGAGACUUUGUAUAAGCAACUUUUGAGCAAACCAAACUAUACGGGCGAAGUCAAGGUCGCUGUCGAGGGACCGUACGGCGACUACAAGCCUGCUGAAGCCUACGACCAAGUGCUACUGUACAGUGGUGGUAACGGUAUCCCAGGACCAUUCGCGUAUGCCAAGGAUCUGGGUAAGACUACAAUUGAUGAAACUACCAAAUUCGUGAAAUUAUACUGGGUGAUUAGACACUGGCACUCGAUGGAUUGGUUUUUGGAGGAGUUGCAAUUGCUUCAGAGAUACGCUAACGUACAGACGGUAAUCUACGUUACGAAGGCACACGAAGGAAAGCUUGGCGAGAAGCUGACGGCUCACUUUGACACCAGCUCUCCUUCGUCUUCAUCCGAAAAGGGCUCCGAAGGACAUGAGGUUGUUGUCAGUCACGACUACUUGGAAACUGUGCACAAGAUGCUGCCUCACAUCGAGUUCAGAGAAGGCAGACCAAACAUGGCGGAGAUCGUUAAUCAGGACAUCGACGAAUGUGACGACAAAAACGUUGCAGUUAUUACGUGUGGCCACGGUAACAUGUGUGACGAAGUCCGUGCCGCUAUUGCAGACAAAGUUGGCUCCUACAAGAAGAGUAGAAUCGACUUAUUCGAGGAAUUACAGACCUGGUAA